AUGGCCGUCGGGGCCAGCACACUCAAAGAAGGUAUACUCGAGUCCAAAACGCAACAUCAACAAGCAAACACAGCCGUCCCCCAAGGGAAUCAAAAAAAAAUUGAAGUCCACCCGCGCCCUCUCCCCCACCCCUCCACCAAUCACACCCCCGCAAAUCCCGCUGACCUCAAAAACAACCUCGGCAACUACCAACCCAACUCGCAACUCCACCGCGGUCUUCCGCUACUCUUACCCUUCCACUUACCCUUCCCCAGAUUUCCUCUCUCCUCUCUCUCUCCUUCAUAUCCCCCAGACUUCUUCUCGCUCUCCCGCGCCACAGACCCAAUCCUCACAAUAAAAAAAAACCCCCCGAGAACGACGGAACCAGAAUCGCAACGACCAAAAAAAAAGAUGUCAGAAUCCUUCACCCCCUCACAAGUCGCGGCCCACGCGACCGUCGAAACAGGUCUCUACAUCAUCAUCGACUCGUCCGUCUACGCGCUGGAUAAAUUCGUCGACGAGCAUCCCGGCGGCGCGAAGAUCUUGAAAAGGGUCGGUGGCAAAGAUGCUAGUAAGCAGUUUUGGAAGUACCACAACGAACACGUGUUGAAGAAGUACGGGGAGAAGCUUAAAGUUGGUGUGGUUAAGGAGGAAGCGAAACUGUGA